UCCCUUUUCCUUGAUUUUGCAGGUUAUGUAAUCCCCACCACAGCAAACUGUAGUUGGUUGUUUGGUGCUUUUUGGUUUAACAUGGCUCAAUUUGUCACUUCCGUUUUCAUGCUGAUGACUUACACUGUGUCAGGAAGAAACUUUGAUCGAGAGAGGCCGAGUUGUUACCAUCCAGUGCCCAGGAAACUCAACUUUGGUGUUAAAACUGCAGCUCGUCCUCAUGAACUCCUGAACCUCUUUCAGAUGCCAAAGUCCUGGGACUGGAGGAAUGUCGACGGCAUCAACUAUGCCAGCAACACUCGCAACCAGCAUAUCCCUCAGUACUGCGGCUCCUGCUGGGCUCACGGCAGCACCAGUGCCAUGGCAGAUCGAAUCAACAUCAAGCGGAAAGGAGUUUGGCCAUCUGCUUAUCUCUCUGUCCAACAUGUGGUUGACUGUGCUGGGUCCGGCACCUGUCACGGAGGGGAUCACAGAGGUGUUUGGGAGUACGCCCACAGACAUGGCAUCCCUGAUGAAACCUGCAACAACUACCAAGCGAUUGACCAAAAAUGCGAGCUGUUCAAUGCCUGUGGGACUUGCGCAACUUUUGGGAUGUGCAACUUUGUGCAGAACUACACACUGUGGAAAGUCGGUGACUUUGGCGCCAUAAAUGGCCGUGAAGCUAUGAUGGCAGAAAUCUUCACUGGUGGGCCAAUCAGUUGUGGAAUCAUGGCCACUGAGAAAUUUCAGUCAUACACCGGGGGUCUUUACUCUGAGUAUGUGGAGUCGACAAAAUUAAACCACAUUGUGUCAGUAGCAGGAUGGGGAGUAGAAAAUGGCACAGAGUACUGGAUUGUUCGCAACUCUGCGGGAGAGCCAUGGGGUGAGAGAGGCUGGCUCAGGAUUGUGACGAGCGCUUACAAAGGAGGAAGUGGAAGCAAAUACAAUCUUGGCCUUGAGGAAGACUGCAUGUAUGGAGAUAUGAUUGUACCUAACUGUUACCUGUAAAAAAAUAAUGAUCAUAACGACACAUCAGAAAUCCAACCUUUGUAUCCUUUCGUUUUCUUUCCCUAAUGUCGGUACUGGCUCUGCUGAAAGCCUCAAUGAUGGAGUCAUUUGCACCAAGUUGAUGUCACAGCAUGUUAAAGAACUUUUGGUGUUUGCUUCAAUCCAUUAUAUUUGAACUUCCUGCUAUGGACUGGUGUAUUUAUUCUAUUGAAUGUAAUCCCUUAAGGUUUAAAUACUUGAUGUUGGCCCAAUCAUGGUAAAGAAUUGG